GAAACCAGUUGUAUAAUUGGUGGGUUCUGUCGGGACUCAAAAGCGCCCCUUCAACGCCACUUCUCUCUUCUCUGGUUCCCCCGCCUCCGCCCUAUAACCUCACCGAUGUACGGAGGCUCCUCCAAGCUCGGCCGUGGCGGCGGCGGCGGCGCCGGCCGUGGAGCCGGAGCCAAGCGCCUUAGCUCGUCCUUUCCUAUGAUGCCACCCCACCGUCCCUCUGCCCCCGGCGGCGCCAGCCGCCUCCCCCUUGGCGGCUCCGGCUCAUCCGCCAAUCCUCGAAGCCGCGUGUCGGGACUGAAGGCUCCGGCGGCGGCGCCGGGCACGGAAGAGACGUUCAGCUUGGUGUCAGGCAAUAAUCCGCUAGCCUUUGCAAUGAUCAUCAGGCUGGCGCCGGAUUUGGUCGACGAAAUCAGACGCCUCGAAGCCCAGGGUCGGACCACCCGUAUCAAAUUCGAUUCCAAUAAUUCCAAUGGAAAUGUUAUUGAUGUUGGUGGCAAGGAGUUCAGAUUCAGAUGGUCGCAAGAGAAUGGUGAUCUAUCAGAUAUAUACGAAGAAGGUCAAAGCGGUGAAGAUGGUAAUGGUUUGCUUGUCGAAUCCGGUAGUGCAUGGCGCAAGCUAAAUAUGCAGCGUAUCUUGGAUGAGUCUACCACAAGCCGUGUUAAAAAGCUUUCAGAGGAAGCCGAGCGCAAGAAAGAAUUGCGCCAAGCCAUUGUGUUAGAGCCCGGGAAUCCAUCUAUGAAGAGUCAAAUAAAGCAGUUAGCUGCUGUUGAGACUAAUCCAUGGAAGCAUUUCAAACAGAAGAAAGAGCCACCACCUAAGAAAAGGAAAAUCGAACCACCUCAAGUAGGAGGUCACCCUAAAUCUGCAUAUAAAUCUGGAAUAUCAUCAACAACUACUGUCAAGAGCAGACACGCAUCAUCUCCAGUUCCAUCUCCACCUGAGCAAUCCAGACCUUCAACAUCUCCAUUAAGAAAUGUAAAUAUUUCCAAGAGUCAUGGAAGUGUAGACGAUGUCAUAAAUCAAGUGAUCGGUAAAGACAAAGCUGCUGCUAGCUCCGACAAAGAAAUCCCAGCCAAGGCUACUACUCUAGUACGUGAAGCAACAGGACGUAAGAGCAAUAUUGGAGCUAAACCAACGGAUUUGCAGAGUAUCUUGAUUAAUCUGCUUAGGGAAAAUCCGAAGGGGAUGAGCAUGAAGACUUUGGAAAAAGCCGUUGGAGAUUCAAUUCCCAACUCUGGAAAGCAAAUUGAGGCCAUAAUGAAGAAAAUUGCAACUUUCCAAGCGCCAGGAAAAUAUCUCUUGAAACCUGGACUGGACACAGAAAGCUUCACGAAACGCUCAUCUGAAAGCGAAAGUUCUCCAGAAGAGAAUCUUCAUCAGACAGCCGCUGCAGAAGACAAUCGUGAUCAGAUAAACGCUCCGGAACUGGAUCUUAAAGAGAGAGCCCCUUCUAAUGAAUUUGAGGAACAGGGACAGUUGAACUCUAACCAUGGAGAAGAGCCCAGUGCAUUGGAAAAAAUUGAUAUCCAACAACAUUCACCUGAUCUGUUUGGUGAAAAAAAGGUCUCUGACAAUAGUGAAGGGCAUGCUGGGAGUUCUAGCGAUAGCGGAAGUGACAGUGAUAGUGAAAGUGACAGCAGCGAUAGUGAUAGUGGUAGUGGAAGCCCUAGUAGAAGCAGAAGUAGAAGUAGAAGCCCGGUGAGUGGGAGUAGUAGUGAUAGUGACAGUGAUGCAUCUUCCAACAGCAAGGAGGGUUCAGAUGUGGAUGUGGAUAUUAUGACAAGUGAUGAUGACAAGGAACCCAAGCAUAAGUUGCAAUCUAAACCAGCAUUCUCAAGAUCACCUGUUCAAUGGGGAAGUCCUGAUGGCAAGCCUGUGCAGGGUGGCAAUGAGGAGAAGCAGGAUGAUCAUGAAUUGGAUCUUGUUGAGAUUGAGAAUGAUGUUCCUGAUGGUAAUAAACGGGAAACUGAAAUUGGUACUUCUGCUCACAAAGAUUUUGAGAAACCUAUGGAAAAGACCAGUACUUUUUCACCUGAUCGAGAUAAGCUCCAAGAGCGCCAAAAUUUUAUAGGAAGUUUGUUUGAUGAAGGGGACGAUGCUGUUAGAGUUGGCUCCAGGUAUGAACACUCUAAUAGCUCUGAGAAGAUAUCUAAAGGAAAAUACAAAAGGGGCAUGGAGGUAAAACGUUCAGAUGAUAAAUCUGAGUAUGCAAAAAGGUCCAAAACAGAUGCCUCAAGCCAGGCUCCUGUUUCUGGAGGCAGGGAUGUCCAGUUCCAGGAAAGUUCUCAUAGAUUGCCUUCUAACAGACUCAUUGAAGAUCCCAAUAGGGACCCCAUCAUUCAAGCUAUAAAUGGAGUUGAUAGGGAUGGUGACGGUGAGCUCACCAUACAGAAAGGAAAUAACCAAUUGUUUUCUGGAAAAUCUAGUGCAGAUGUUCAACACUCAGGUACAAGGUUAUUUGAACAAAGUGCUCCUUCGAAGAUUCCUGAUACAUCAGAGAGAAUGCAUAGUUAUGCUGAAAGCUUGGGACAUGGCCGUAAAUAUUCUGAAAAGAGCUCUCAUGUGCAUGAAGGUUUACCUUCGCAAAAGGCUAAAUUUCUUACAGAUGCCAAAUAUGAGGGUGGUUAUGCUAAUGAGAAAAGGGUUCCAAAAAAUCCCAGGGAAGGUGGUGUGAGGGGCAAACAGUCAGUUCCCUUUGAUUCACACUACAAGAAACAUGGUGAAGUAGUUGGAAAGUUCAAGAAUGCUGGACAGGUUUCCGGCUCCUUCCUCAGUACUUCACCAAAGGAUCACAGUAGAGCUGGUGUAGAUAAAUCCCCUGCUCUUAAUGGGAGAGGCAAUAGACUCCAAAGAGAGUAUUCAGACUUGGAGUUGGGUGAACUUCGUGAGCCCCUUCCAGAGGAAGCACCUGUUAAAAAGCAAUUUGAAAGAAAAAGUUCAUUUAAACAAUCGGAGAACAAACCGGACAGUUCAGAUAACUGGAAUUUGGAUAUGAUUAAAGGGAAGCCUGCUGAAAAGGCAACUUUAGAUUUGGGAAAGUCGUCUUCACCUGACCCAAACACCAAGGGUCCCAGCAAUUUGGAAGGCUCAAAUAAAAAGAGGAAACAAGAAGACUGUGUUGAAGAUUUAACAUGGUCUCAACAUAAGGUUAUGCAAUCUCAAUCACAUUCGAGACUAGAUAAUGUUGAGUUUGGGUUUCAGUCCAGCAAUUUGGCAGAGACAAAUGGUGCUCGUCAAAAUGAAGGUGGAGUCAGACUGGGGAGUGCUCCUGAAGGCUAUGGAGAAAGCAACAAGAAAGCACCCGCCCCUCAGCUACAUGAUACCAGACGAGAACCAGUUUCCCACUCCAUGAAGACGAAAGAAAGAAAAAGAUUCACGACUAGUACAGUGGCGGAGUUACCUGAUGGCCGCACUGAGUCACUUUUGGCAGAAGGCAACAACAGUGAGCGAAAGAGAAGGGAUUCCUCCUCUGACGAAAAUAGUUGCUCCUAUUCUAAGUAUGAAAAGGAUGAGCCAGAUAUCAAGGGCCCAAUAAAGGAUCUUUCUCAGUACAAAGAAUACGUGCAGGAGUAUCACGAUAAGUAUGAUUCAUACUGCUCCCUCAACAAGAUCCUAGAGAGUUACAGGAAGGAGUUUCAGAAACUGGGAAAGGACCUUGAGCAUGCUAAAGGCAGAGAUAUGGAGAGAUAUAAUAACGUCUUGGAGCAGCUGAAGGAAUCCUAUCGUCAAUGUGGAACGAGACACAAGAGGCUGAAGAAAAUAUUUGUGGUGCUUCAUGAAGAAUUGAAGCACCUUAAGCAAAGGAUUAAAGAUUUCGCACUUUCUUAUUCAAGAGAUUGAAGAGAUAAUCUAAUCUCAUGUAAGGUUGGUUCCAACCUUGGUAAGCAUGGAUUUGCACAUCGUUCAGCCCCAGAGAUGGUAUACCCAUAAAUAUGUAUAUUCAAAUUUCUUCCUUUGUAUAUUUAUAUUGUACAUUCAGGU